GAAGAGUGAAUGAAAUGUUGGGCCCGAGCCUUGGGAGUGAGAAUUGAGAAAGGGGUGCAUUCUGUUCUGUGUUUCGGGGUUACGCUUUGCGAGUGAGAAUUGAUAAACAAAUCGUUAGGGUUUUUUGGUUGUGCGAGUGAGAGUGAGAGUGAGAGAGAACAAUGGAAGACAUAACAGAGGGAGUGAACAACAUCAACAUCUCUGAUUCGUAUAAGAAAAAUCGCAUUCAGGUCUCUAACACCAAGAAGCCCCUCUUCUUCUACGUUAAUCUGGCCAAGAGAUAUAUGCAACAGCAUGAUGAGGUCGAGCUCUCAGCUCUAGGAAUGGCUAUUGCCACAGUAGUAACUGUUGCUGAAAUUUUGAAAAACAACAGACUUGCUGUUGAAAAGAAAAUCAGGACAUCAACUGUUGACAUAAAGGAUGACUCUAGAGGUCGACCUGUUCAAAAGGCCAAGAUUGAAAUAGUACUAGGGAAGACAGCAAACUUCGAUGAGUUGAUGGCUGCUGCAGCUGCUGAAGAUGGUGAAAAUGGAGAUGUUGAAGAGCAGAGUGCAUGAACAACAAAUUUAUUUGUAUUUUUGUUGUCGUGAGGUAGAGGGCAUGUCAUUAUUUGACUGACCAGCAAUAUUGAACAACAAAAUUCCUUCGUUUCUUUUCUCUAUAAAAUAGGCUUUUCUUAUUUUCAUUCU